ACUCGUUAUAUCAGUAUGGGAUAUUAGUCCAGAUAAACUGCUUGACACCAAUUGAGUCUACCAUUGUUUCCUGGUGAUUUGUAAUUAAAUUCAUAGUUGCUAAUAAAAAAAAGUGAUAAAAAUGGAAUUAUCAUUACUGAUGCUAACUUUGGCAUUUUCAUCAGCCCUGGGACUUAAUUUGGAUAAGAAGGCUCUCGAUGAACUGUCUGCGGAGGAUCAGACUCUGGUUCACAAUGAAGUAAAUAAUUUUUUGGAUGCAACAGGAAAACAAAUUGCCGGUGCUUUGAAAUUAAAAAAUGUUGGUGGGGAGAGUACAGUAGAUCGAAAUAUACACAAAAUUAAAACGAGACCAGUUGUGGCAGCAGUUCCUCAUUGCCAAACUCAACAAUGGCCAAUAAAAAAUCCUGCUUAUUGCGCCUUAAUCAACUGGAUGAAGUGGGCGAUUCAAACAAUAAAACUUGUGUACGAAAAAGGCUUGGAUAUUCUCAGAAUUCACACUUUUUUAAAUUUAUAAUUGCGGCUGGAUGAAAAAAUUAUUUUUAAGAAGAAAAAUGGUUUAUUUGAUUAAUUUGAAUAAUAAUAUAUUUUAUUUCUUC